UUAUCCUCUGAUGUGGAGAACUUUGCCUAAACAUGCAGGUUCGUGGAGGACCAAAUAUGCAGAACAUGAGAAUGAAACAAAGCACAACUCCAGGGUGUCUUGGCCUGCCUUAUAUCUUCAGUUAGUGGGAGCCAACCGCCACUCCACCAGCCUGGGUAAAAUCUGGCUCUCAGUGCUCUUCAUUUUCAGAGUUAUGGUUCUUGUGGUAGCAGCUGAAAGCGUGUGGGGAGAUGAGCAGACAGACUUCACCUGCAAUACACUUCAGCCUGGAUGUGAGAAUGUCUGUUAUGAUCAGUUCUUUCCAGUUUCACACAUCCGUCUGUGGUGCCUGCAGCUCCUGUUUGUAUCCACUCCCACUCUUUUGAUUGCUGCUCAUGUGGCCUAUAGGAAACGCAGAGACAAGAAAGCUGGCUUUCUAUCCACCAAAAAUCAACUGAGCCAAGAGGAAGAGAUGGAGAACCUUAAAAAGAGGAAAGUUUCAAUUGUUGGCGCCCUCUGGUGGACAUAUGCAUUUAGUAUCGUGUGCAGACUGCUUUUUGAGGGAGGCUUUAUGUAUGCUCUGUACAUGUUGUAUGAUGGAUUUCGGAUGCCCCGCUUGGUUCGCUGUAACCAGUGGCCCUGUCCUAACCUGGUGGACUGUUUUGUCUCCCGUCCCACUGAAAAGACCAUCUUUACCCUUUUCAUGGCCACAACAACUUCUGUCUGUAUGGUUCUCAACAUCGCCGAACUGGCCUAUUUGAUUGGCAAAGCCAUCACAAGGGCAAUUCUGCAGAGAUGCAGAAAGAAGAAAAAGCAGAAUAAAGCAAACCCCAAUCUGCUUGUCUCAAAUUAACAUGAAGAGAAAACUUAAUUGUCUUGGGCUAAUUAUACAGAAACCUUAUAAUUUUACCAUGAGAC